AGAGCUCAAGACACAACACUGCAGAGUAACGCCUUGGAAUGUCCUCUCAGUUUAUAAACAAUUGUCGCAGGGAGAGAAUAUUUUUACAUGACAUUUGCACAGCCUGACAAUGUGGAGCUGUGUGCUGUUCUGAAGAACUGAAUUUCCCAUAGAGAUCCUCACAAACUGAACAGAAAAAGACUUAGCUGCAUUGGGAAAGUCAAGAGUGGAACUUGAAGCUUUUAAAAACAAAACAACUAAGUGAAGAAGCACAAGAAUUUGAUCUUGGGCAGCAUGGCAUCUACUAAGGACCUUUUAAUCCUGGCACUAUAUGGCUUGUUACUAGAGUUACCGACCGGAUGUCAUACAACAGAUACAAGGCUGCCAAGAUUACGUCUGUCACAUAAAGAGCUCUGGGAUUUAAACAGGACAUCAGUCUUUCAUAGCCCAUCUGGAUACCUUGGUCUUCACACAAUGCUGCUGGAUGAAUAUCAAGAGCGACUGUUUGUGGGAGGAAGGGAUCUUGUGUAUUCUCUCAGCUUGGACCGAGUCAGCGAGAACUACAGACAGAUACAUUGGCCCAGUACACCCCGGCAGGCAGAAGAAUGCACAAUUAAAGGAAGAGAUGCUGACGAAUGUGCAAAUUACAUCCGUGUCCUUCACCGGUACAACAGAACACACCUCCUGGCCUGUGGUACGGGGGCUUUUGAUCCCCUCUGCACUUUUAUCAGAGUCGGACAUCCAUCAGAGGAUUAUCUAUUUCAACUGGAGUGGCACAAAUUUGAGAGAGGACGAGGCAGAUGCCCUUUUGAUCCCAGCUCCUCCUUCAUCUCAACUUUAAUUGGGGGUGAGCUGUUUGCUGGGCUCUACAAUGACUACUGGGGGAGAGAUGCUGCUGUCUUGCGUACUAUGGGUCGUAUGCCACAUAUUCGAACUGAACCUGAUGAUGAACGUUUAUUGAAAGAACCAAAGUUUGUUGGCUCAUACAUGAUUCCCGACAAUGAAGACCGGGAUGAUAACAAAGUCUAUUUCUUCUUUACUGAAAAAGCGUUAGAGGCAGAGACAGGCGCUCAUGCCAUUUAUGCCAGAGUUGGACGAGUGUGUGUGAAUGAUAUGGGAGGACAGCGAAUGUUGGUGAAUAAAUGGAGCACUUUCCUCAAAACCAGACUGAUCUGCUCUGUGCCAGGAAUGAAUGGAAUCGAUACACAUUUCGAUGAAUUAGAGGAUGUGUUUUUGCUACAAACUCGGGAUAACAAAAAUCCAGUGAUAUUUGGACUCUUUAACACUACAAGCAAUAUUUUUAGAGGAUAUGCUAUAUGUGUCUAUCAUAUAGCUAGCAUCCGAGCAGCCUUCAAUGGACCUUACGCUCAUAAAGAAGGACCUGAAUACCAUUGGUCUCUGUAUGAAGGAAAAGUACCUUACCCCAGGCCUGGUUCGUGUGCCAGCAAAGUCAAUGGCGGUCUGUAUGGUUCCACCAAAGACUAUCCUGACGAAGCUGUCCGUUUUGCAAGGAGCCAUCCACUGAUGUAUCAGCCCAUCAAACCUGUCCAUAAGAGGCCAAUACUUGUGAAAACCGAUGGCAAGUACAAACUAAAACAAAUAGCGGUGGAUAGAGUGGAAGCUGAAGAUGGGCAAUAUGAUGUCUUGUUUAUUGGCACAGAUAAUGGGAUUGUGUUGAAAGUCAUUACAAUUUACAACCAGGAUACAGAAUCAAUGGAAGAAGUGAUUCUUGAAGAGAUGCAAGUAUUCAAGGUGCCAGUUCCUAUUAUUUCUAUGGAAAUAUCUUCAAAGAGGCAACAACUGUAUGUUGGAUCUGAGUCUGCCGUAGCACAAGUGAAGUUCCAUCAGUGUGACAUGUAUGGCACAGCCUGCGCUGACUGCUGCCUAGCAAGAGAUCCUUACUGUGCUUGGGAUGGGAUAUCCUGUUCUAGAUACUAUCCCACAGGAAUGCAGGCAAAGAGACGUUUCCGCAGGCAAGACGUUCGACAUGGAAAUGCAGCUCAGCAGUGCUUUGGCCAACAGCUCAUUGGAGAAGCCCUGGAGAAGACUGAAGAACGGAUAGUAUAUGGAAUAGAGUACAACAGCACUCUUCUGGAAUGUACCCCUAGAACUUUACAAGCUAAAGUGAUCUGGUUUGUGCAGCGAGCCCACGAAGCCAGGAAGGAGGAGGUGAAGACAGAUGACAGAAUCAUCAAAAUGGACCUUGGCCUCUUAUUCUUAAGGCUGCACAGGCUGGAUGCAGGGACCUAUUUUUGUCAGACUGUGGAACACAGCAUUGUUCAUAUAGUCAGAAAAAUCACCCUGGAGGUGGUGGAGGAAGGGCGCGUGGAUGAAAUGUUCAACAAAGACUAUGAGGAGGACAUACCUCACAAAAUGCCAUGCCCAGCACAGAGCAGCAUUCCUCAGGCAUCGAAGCCGUGGUACAAGGAAUUUCUGCAGCUAAUAGGGUACAGCAACUUCCAGAGGGUCGAGGAGUAUUGCGAAAAGGUGUGGUGCACGGAUAAGAGGAGGAAAAAGCUCAAAAUGUCCCCAUCCAAGUGGAAGUACGCCAACCCACAGGAGAAGAAGGCACGCAUCAGGCCAGAGCAUUACCGCCUCCCCAGGAACGUAGUUGACUCUUGAUGGACAAAAUCCAUCCAUUCUUUCUGGGAGAAUUUUUAUUUGGACCUAAGGAAUAGGGAGAAAUCAGUCUUGGGUUUGGUAACUGAAACAGGUUUAUGUAUAUAUUAAAUAAUGGGACUGAAAACAGAAAAGUGUUCUGUUAAAUUAUAGCUUAUACUAGCUGUUUCUAAAUAGGUCAUUGCAUUCAGUGUUUUCCAUUUAAGGAGAACAUGACAAUCAUUGUACUUUGAGUGCUUUAGUCAAUUUCCCAUGUGGACCAUGCUUCUGCUGUAUAUUCUUGCAUAUUAAGGGAAUAUUAAAGUAAACUCAGAUAGCUAAGCAUUGACAAGCAGAAGAAAAAUUUGAUGUAUAAUUUCCAUUGGUUUCACAAAUGUCCUAUUGCUUCUAAAAGCAGCACAUUGCAAGAUCUUAGCUUUCACUUGUGGCCUGUUUGUCUGUAUUCGUAAGAGCCACAAGUUUUGUUAGUGUGGUGUACUCUUAUUUCUAAAGAUGUUGAAGGGGAAUCUUAUUUACUUCCCAUCAUUGCUUGUCUUUACCAGUAAUUUAUGAAGCACAGUGUACUACUAUCACAACUAAAUAGUACUGCCUUGUAACUUGAUGUAAGUCAAAUGCAUGCAGAGAACAAAAGCAGAAUGAAGUUCUUCAGUGUAACUUGCUGUAAGACAUUGGAGUAAUAGUUUAGUCAGAGUGUAAAUCAUGAUUAUGGCAAUGGACAGUUGGCUCAGUAGAUAUAAGAUUUAUAAGAAUGCCCUCUUGUGGAAAAAGAGAGCAUUUCCUUAUCUUGGUGUUACAUUUUCUGCAGAAAUUUAUAUACUUGAGUGUUAUCCACAUUCUCCUGAUUUGCAGCCUAUCUGUUAGUUUUACAGCCUUUCUGCUGCAUGUGCUGAAAUCUCAAAUAUUUCGAACACAGGGUUAGAAAUCACGUGUAUUGGGGAACAGAGCUUAAAGAAAUAAGCAACAUAUUAAGGCAUUCAAUGUAAUAUGCUCUUGCUGUAGCAAAUACUGGUGAAAGAGACAGGUAGUGAAAACAACUUGUAUUUGUAUAGUUGCAUGCUCUGAUUUACCUGAUAUGGAAUCUCUUCUUAGCACAGCUAUUUUGCUGAAAUUGUGAAUACUAGGGAUGUGGGAUCAAAAGAAUAAGAAAUCACUUACCACCUAGAAUUUUCAGAGUAUCACUAAAAAAAAAAAAAGCUUUAAUUUUAUGUUUAAUUUUCAUAUUUUUCUUAAAAGCGUAACACAUUUUAGCACGAAGAGUCACAUGAGAAAUUGGAUGUGAACAUAUGAAUUGGAACUAAAAAACCUGCAAAUAUAAGCUACAGUUGUGAUAUAAAAAUAUGAAUCACAAAUAGAACAGUUGGAAAACUCUAGCUGAGUGUGAGUUCUGCAGGAUCCUUUCCCAUCUGCUGAGAUGGGUUUUAGUGUGUGAAUUAUUACAUCCCAAUUGUUUUGCACCACUAGAUAAAUCAACUGCUUCAGUCAGAACAUGACCCCAACCAUAAUGAAUAGCCCCAAGUCUAUAAAAUUGGUCUGUCUCACAAUUUUAUACCUAUCUCAUGGAACUGGAAGGGACCCUGAAAGGUCAUCAAGUCCAGCCCCCUGCCUUCACCAGCAGGACCAAAUAU